CUUCCUUUUUCCUUCCCACCUAACCGCGUUACUGGAACUGUGGUCAGCGAACCGACGAGCUUGGCGUCAAGCUCAUCAGCGAGCGCGAGUACAGCCUCGAGUGGUGAUAGUAGGAGCCUGAGCGCCAGCUCGACGGCUACCGAGUCUCCAUCAUGGUUCAAGUUGCUGCUGCACUCCCUCCUGUUACAAGCGUAACUAUGCUGGAUGGACUGGAUGGGAAUUAUAUCAGUGCAUAUGAAGCUUGUCUCGAGUUUGAAAAGUCGGCCCCAGCCGACAGCGAUGCAUUGAUUCACGCAAGGAUACUGGGCUACUUGAUUAUCCAUUCCCCUUCUCGCACUGUGCUUCAUGAAGUCGUCAAGGCGAUACAGUCAUGUGCAGGGGAUUAUUCGGAGCUGUCUCAACUCGGACAGAUUUUCAUCGACUAUUUCAUUCGUCCCUUCAAGAAGUUCAAAGGUCGGACACCCGCGUCCUCGGAUGAUUCAUCGCGCCAGUCAUCAGAUAAACUCAAGAGAGAUUUGAGGUCUAGAAUUCAGGAAGCACCGAAAACGCAUAGAGAGGCAAAGGAUCUCGCUCUCGUCCGAGACGGGUUUCGGUGUGUAGUGACCGGCAAGUACCACCGGGACGCGCUUUCCGAGGUUUCGGCUUCCCCCGAGGAGAUUCGGGCAGCAGGUGUGGUGCACACGCAAUGUGCACACAUUGGGCCGGAAACAACCUAUUUUGACAUGAUCGACCAAGACUCCAGCAACAAGAAGCUCGACUACGCCGCUUCAGUGUUGGCAGUUUUGAAGGGUUUCGGCUAUGAUGUUGAGCAAGUCAAUGGGACAAAAGUACAUUCUCUUUACAAUGUCAUAACAAUGGAAUCCAAUGUCCACGACUGGUUUAGCCGCUUGGAAAUCUGGUUCGAGCAGACAAAAGUCUCAAACCGUUACAGGAUACGAUCUAUUGAGGCCUUUUACCGGUUGCCGAUGGAGGUAACGUUCACUACUCCAGAUAACGAGAGUCUUCCCGUCCCAUCCGAGACACUCCUCGGCCUGCAUGCUACUUGUGCCAAGGUCGCGAAUUUUUCUGGGGCGGCCGAACACAUUGAUAAGCUUGACUGUGGUGUCGAAGACUCGGGUGUCCUAGCAUAUGAUGGAAGUUCGGCAGAGGUAUUGAGUAGCGCCCUCUUGAAUCGCAUGAAUCAAGUUAUUGGCGUUCGGACCUAAAACGUCGGGGGAGAUGUAUGAGCGUUCUGCAAGGUUAUACACGUGGUGGAAAACCUGAGGUCUUCCAUGUCUUCUGGAUCCCUUGAUGGUCCUUUUCCUCUCCAUCUCUUGAUCAUGACCACCUUCCGACUCGCCUCCUUGUCCUUCGAGAAACACAGUGCGUGCCCCAGGAACUCAAAGU